CCUAGUUUAUUGCGUGCCCGUUAGCGUUCAGAGCUUUAAAAUGUCCAAUCAAUCAGACAUCGAUUAUGAUAAACAAUUCCAAGAUGAUUUGGCCAAGGCGACCGCAUUGAGUUUGGAGCAACAAGCACUCGAUGAUUAUCGUCGCGCCAAAAAGUAUGGCACCGCCGCCCACUACUACAAUGAACGCUCCCAAUCGCAGUCGCCUUCACUGCAACAUUCACAUUCCGUGCAUCAGCGCCAGCAAUCGACUGAAUCCGCAGUUGCCUUUUACGCGCAACUGCGUACACGUUACCAGCAGUCGCGUGACAACUCAAACGAAACGUCUGCAGCAGCGCCAAUGCCACCACAUCGUCGCCACUCUGAGGCCAACAACAAUGUGUCGCUGAAUGUAGCCGCAGUAACGGCAGCAUCACGCGAGCGCUCCAAAACGCCACCUGCCGCGCUGCCUGAAAGCGAUCUUAUCUCUUUCUCCAGCCCUACGGCGAAAGAAGCGCAGCCCAAUACUUUCGAAAAGCUAAUCGAAGAUUUGCAGAAGCUGCAGACCUCGAGUCAACAAACGGCAUUAGUGCCGUUCGGUCCUGUAGCUGCGGCGCCCAUAACAUCAAUGCAUGCUGCUGCCGCCGGCUAUCGUGGCACACCGCCUUCACUGGUCACGCCCACACACACCACUGCCAUGUAUGCGGCAGCGCCGGCAGCAUCGGGUGGGGGUGCGGGUGUAGUUGGUGGCACCGCUGGCAAUUGUAUGCAAUUGGUGCCCUUUACGCCGGCACCAUCAUCAGCACAGCAACAGAAAGUACCGCUCACAAGUGAGGAGCUGCAGAAACUCUAUAACAUGCCUCUCCAGCAGCAACAGCAACAACAGCAGUAUUAUCAACAACAGCAGCAUCAGCAAAUGGCGGCCAUAAUGCCAGCGGGCUUCGUUUAUCCUUCAACACGCAUGGGCUUCGUACCCUCAGUGGGUGGUUAUGUUGCACCAACACAUGCUGCAGGCUACACGCAGAGCGCGCCACCUACAGCUGCUGCAGGCAGCGCUUUUACACCUCCACAAUUUCCACCAACGCCUUCACACUAUGGGUUUCAAUAUGGCGGCAUGCCGCCCGCAGCUGCUUCAUAUUAUGGCACCGCGGCAGCGCCAUCGGUAGCAAGCAGCGUUUCCGCAGCGGCGGUGCCUAUGCCGCUCACCAAGUCACAGUCUGCAGCGGCAGCGAUUGUACCGAAUGGCAGUAAUAGUGGUGGUGGUAGUACGGUUACCACUGCUGGCAUGCGUCGUCAAACACCGCCUGCGCGCAAGCCACAACGCACCGGAAAUGAUUUGAUUGAUCUUAAUCAGGAGGAUGACUCGCGCGUUAGUGUGUUGGAGGCAUUCGAUCCUUUGCUCAAUGCGGAUGAAGAAGUAUCGAAAAAAUAA